AUGAAGCAAGACGUCUUCUCGACUCGAUCUACAGUAGCGCUCUCAGCAGCACUACAUCAGAGCUACAUCAGACCUUCACUGUGGAUCUUGGCUCUGUCCGCUUCCCAACUCCACCGAUUCAGCCCCAGCAGCGAUUCAGGCUCGGCGACAUCGUCUACACUCUCCAGACCUUCACGGAGACGGUUCAGGGCCUUCUCGCCAACCUCCAAGGUGCUUGUAAGACACAAAGCUAAAAAGGGGGAGAUUGAAGAUGCAACUGGUUUGACGCAGAUCGUGAAUCAGUCAGGAAGUGCAUCAGGACGUAUGGACGGACAUGUAGCGGAGCUAAGCGGAGCUUAA